AAGAAGUGAUAUCUGCACUGCACGUGAAUGAACAGAAAAUGUUCACGUGCAAAGGAGCAAAGGAAACCUUAAUUACAGAUGAUGAGGUUGGUGUGGUGAUAGGAACUACAACACUUAAUACCUCAAAAAAUGCUUCACUCUCUGUAUCUGCUACCACUCUUUUUCACUCUCUUCAUCUUCAUCUCCUUCACUCAUCAACAUCAAAAUCAUGAUGACCCUUCCAUCAAAGCCACCAUGGAGCAAUUCUCUGGUUACACAAUCCACGAACCUCACUCUUUCCUACCCACUUCACUCUCUGUUGAUGCUCAGGCUCUGCAGAACCAGAUUGACGAGCUCUCAGCGUUUUCUGACUCACCUGCUCCAUCAGUGACCAGGGUCUUGUAUACUGACAAGGAUGUUUUAGGUCGCAGGUACGUAAAAACCCAGAUGGAACUUGCUGGUCUAUCUGUGAGAGAGGACGCUGUUGGUAACAUAUUUGGUCGUUGGGAUGGCCUUGAACCUGAGCUUUCUGCAGUUGCAACAGGGUCACACAUUGAUGCUAUACCUUACUCUGGAAAAUAUGAUGGAGUUGUUGGUGUUCUAGGCGCUAUCGAAGCCAUCAGAGUCCUGAAAAGGUCUGGUUUUAAACCUAGAAGAUCAUUGGAAGUCAUAUCAUUCACAUCAGAAGAACCAACACGCUUUGGAAUAGGUUGCCUGGGAAGCCGCUUAUUGGCUGGGAGUGAGAAUCUUGCAAAUGCUCUAAAGACAACAACUGAUAUUCAAAACAUAUCCUUCUUGGAUGCUUCAAGAUCUGCUGGGUAUGCAAAAACUGAAGAUGACUUAUCCAGUGUAUUUUUAAAGAAAGGAACAUAUUCUGCUUUUGUAGAACUGCACAUUGAACAAGGGCCUAUUCUAGAAGAUGAAGGUAUAUCUAUAGGCAUAGUUACUGCCAUCGCAGCUCCAGCAAGUCUAAAGGUUGAAUUUGAAGGCAAUGGGGGCCAUGCAGGUGCUGUCCUCAUGCCUAACAGAAAUGAUGCUGGUCUGGCUGCUUCUGAAUUAGCCCUGGCUGUAGAGAGACAUGUGUUGGAUUCUGGGUCAAUUGAUACUGUUGGUACUGUUGGUAUCCUGGAACUGCAUCCUGGAGCAAUCAACAGCAUCCCUAGCAAAUCUCACCUAGAAAUUGACACAAGAGACAUUGACGAGGAAAGAAGAAACCAAGUGGUUGAGAAAAUUCACCAAUCAGCAAUUAGAAUAACCAAAACCAGAGGUGUCAAGCUCUCCGACUUUCGUGUCAUCAAUCAGGAUCCACCAGCCCUUUCUGAUGAAGCAGUCAUCAAGGCAGUAGAAACUGCGACAAGGGAACUAAAUUUGACAAGCAAGUUGAUGAUUAGUAGAGCCUAUCAUGAUUCAUUGUUUAUGGCCAGGUUGUCUCCAAUGGGCAUGAUUUUCAUUCCAUGUUACAAAGGUUACAGCCACAAGCCCGAAGAGUUUGCCACCAUUCAAGAUAUGUCAAAUGGUGUAAAAGUAUUGGCUCUGACCCUAGCCAAAUUGUCCAGUCAGUAAGAUCUUUUGUAGUGGGCUUGUGUGCACUAUCCUUGUAGAACAAGGACAUGUAAUUUAUAUCUGUUGCAGCCUAAUGAUUAAAUAAUUUAAAUUUUAGAUUUACCCCUUUAGUCUAUAAGAGUGGGAUAUUGAACCAUCCAACGUGAAAAGUGGAUCUAUGAGAAACACUUUUAAAAGGUGUAAAAUGAUAACUGCCUACGGAAGGAUUCAGAGCAGUAAAUUUUACUUACUGGAUGGCUCAAAAGACAAAGGAACUUGUCCUUUUUGGCACUUAUUCAAUAGGAUAAAAAAAGCUGAAGAAGACAAAGGAACUAGUGAUAUUGUUGAAUCCAGUUGCAUAUACCCACCCCAACCAGAAGAGCCUUUUUUAUAUCUUAAUAGUUGGACUUGGACCACUUUGUAUGGAGACAAAAGACAUCUUACUAUUCUCAAUUUUUCCACAAUUUUUCCA